CCGACGGCAGUCGUGAGGGAGGGUUUUACCUCUUGCGCCUGCGCGUGGUUAGUCUUAGCAUUUCCUGUCGCGAAGCGCUGUGAUCAAGAUGAGGGUGCUGUGGCUGUGUGCUGUGCUGGCUGUGGUGGUGCUGGUCCGGGGGGAGGAGGGGGCCCGUCUGCUGGCGUCCAAGUCUCUGCUGAAUCGCUACGCGGUGGAGGGCAGAGACCUGACCCUGCAGUACAACAUCUACAACGUGGGCACCAGCGCUGCCCUGGAGGUGGAGCUGUCGGACGACUCCUUUCCCCCGGAGGAUUUUGGGAUCGUGUCCGGAAUGCUGAAUGUGAAAUGGGACCGGAUCGCGCCCGCCAGCAAUGUGUCUCACACUGUGGUGUUGCGCCCCCUGAAGGCCGGCUACUUCAACUUCACCUCUGCCACCGUGAGCUACCUGGCGCAGGAGGGCGGCCAAGUUGUGGUGGGGUACACCAGCGCCCCGGGACAGGGGGGGAUUCUGGCCCAGAGAGAGUUCGACCGACGUUUCUCCCCUCACUACGUAAGUGUCUGGACCGCGGGGAGAGGGUGGGGGGCCCGUCUGGGGCGGACUGAGGGCACCCCGAGACCCUGUAGGACAGCCCCAGACUGA